AUGAAUACAGAUCCUAAUGAAGACAAUGAAUACAGUACUGAUAAUAAUAAUGAUCUACAACAUCAAGAAUAUUCAGGCCGGGGUGAUACGGAACAGAAUGUUGACGAAGAAACCACAUCGACCUUGAUUAAGGUAAUAACAGCUACCACACAGGAUCAUAGUUUAUUAUUACAGCAACAACAACCAAGUAUUAUUGAUGAUAACCAAUCAGCAGCGUCAUUACCCAAUACUUCACUCAAUGUAGCAACACCAGUACAUAUUCAACAUUUAUUAGACAGUAUUGUCGAUUUUAGUGCUGAUUAUACGAAAUUCAAAUGGAUAAAAUUAACAGCAUUACAUUUAAAAGAUCAUGCAUUAUGUUUGUACAAUGCCAAUAAAAAUAAAUUUCACGAUUGGGAUGUAUUUUAUCAAAUGUUAAUAAAACAAUAUACACCAACUCCGAUGUCAACUACAACAAUCAGGCAAACGAUCGAAAUAAACGACAAUAAUAAUCUAACAAUAUCAGCACAAAAUUAUUUAUUACUGACUGAACUAACAACUGGACGACGAAACAACUCAUCUACAAAUAUUCUGAAUAAAGAAUUAUCGUUCACAGAUCCUCUCAAUAAACCCUCAUCAUUAACAAAGUUUUCAAAUUCAUCAUCCACGAAAGAUUUUUUUAGCACAACGGUUGAACAUAAGAUGAAACAAUUGCUGACAUUUAGUGGUAAAGAUAAUCUCUGUAUCUCUAUGUCUGAAGAUCUUAAUAUCUGUGUAUCUAUAUGA